CACACACAGGAAGACAGAAGGAGAUGGAAUAUUACUGAAUACUAACACUUUAUGUUGCUGCGGUUUCUUUUGUACGAUGAGCAAAAGUUUCUCUGCAGUUUUUGUCCUGAAUCCUUUCUGGAUCGUUCUGUUCUGAAAUGGGGAUGAGGGACUCUGUGGACUGGCAACUGGGCAGCAGGAGCUGGGUCGGAAUACUUUUUAAUCAAAAAGUAUAGUCCUACUUUUUUAAUUGACCGGUAGGGAAGAAAAAGGGAAAAUAUUUCCACUUUUUAAUUUUACCCUAACAGUUCUCUCAGGGUGACUGGUUUCACCCUCUGCUGCGGAUGCUAGUGAGCAGCGGCGGUUUGGGAAAGAGUUGCUAGAAUCGGUCUGAACCGUGUGCGGCAGGUGAAUAUUACCCAGGAGAAAAUGCUCUGAUAUUUUUUUUUUGUGUGGGAUGGGCGAUAAUGAAAACACCGGGAACCCUGUGAUCACCGUGCCUUAACUUUUGCGAGCCACCAUGCUGAGCCUGCAGGAUUCAGUGUUCUUUGAGAUCAGCAUCAAAUCUCUCCUCAAGUCCUGGAGUAGCAGCUCUUCUACACCUGUCAGCAGCAGCAGCGUGCUUAGACGCCGUGCCCCCUCCUCUGUGACUCCCCUCUCGUGGGAGAAACACAGCAUCGCCGCCAUGUCGAGCAUCACCAUCGACCCCGAGCUCAAGCCAGGGGAGUUUGUCAUCAAGAGUCUGUUCGCUGAGUUUGCAGUGCUCGCCGAGAAGAAGAUCGAGAUGGUGAUGGCCGAGCCGCUGGAGAAACCACUGUCCCGAUCUCUACAGAGGGGGGAAGAUGCACAAUUUGAUCAGUUAAUAAGCUCUAUGAGCUCAAUAGCAGAACACUGUUUACCCUCCCUCCUGCGCACACUAUUCGACUGGUACCGGCGGCAGAGCGGCACUGAAGAUGAGCCUUACGAGUACCGACCUCGAGCCAGUACAAAAUCAAAAGGAGAUGAACAGCACCGGGACAAAGAUUAUCUUCUAGAACGACGGGACUUAGCCAUAGAUUUUAUUUUUUGCUUAGUUUCAGUGGAAGUUCUCAAACAGAUUCCUCUUCAUCCAGUGCCGGAUGUUUUAGUACAUGAAGUUCUAAACCUGGCGUUCAAGCACUUUAAACACAAAGAGGGAUACAGCGGCCCCAACACUGGGAAUGUGCACAUCAUUGCAGACUUGUAUGCUGAGGUCAUAGGAGUUCUCACACAGUCCAAGUUUCAGGCAGUGAGGAAAAAAUUCAUCACAGAACUGAAGGAGCUUCGGCAGAAAGAGCAGAGUCCAUACGUAGUGCAGAGCAUUAUCAGUCUCAUCAUGGGCAUGAAGUUCUUCCGGGUCAAAAUGUAUCCUGUGGAGGAUUUUGAGGCUUCUUUUCAAUUCAUGCAGGAGUGUGCCCAGUAUUUCCUUGAAGUCAAGGAUAAAGACAUAAAGCAUGCUCUAGCUGGUCUUUUCGUUGAAAUCCUCAUUCCUGUCGCCGCUGCGGUGAAGAAUGAAGUCAACGUGCCGUGCCUAAAAACGUUUGUGGAGAUGCUUUACCAGACGACGUUUGACCUUAGCUCCAGAAAGAAGCACUCUUUGGCUCUUUAUCCUUUGGUGACUUGCUUGCUCUGUGUGAGUCAGAAGCAGUUCUUCCUCAACAACUGGCACAUCUUCCUCCAGAACUGCCUCUCACACCUGAAGAACAAAGAUCCCAAAAUGUCCCGCGUGGCGCUGGAGUCGCUCUACAGGCUGCUCUGGGUCUACAUUAUCAGAAUCAAGUGUGAGAGUAACACGGUCACACAGAGCCGACUGCUCAGCAUCGUGUCAGCACUUUUCCCCAAAGGCUCCCGCAGUGUGGUGCCCAGAGACACUCCCCUCAACAUCUUCGUCAAGAUCAUCCAGUUCAUAGCCCAGGAAAGACUUGACUUUGCAAUGAAGGAGCUUAUCUAUGACCUGCUGUGUGUGGGCAAGUCUCACAAAACCUUUACCAUCAAUCCAGAGAGGAUGAAUAUUGGUUUGCGAGCAUUCUUGGUGAUUGCUGACAGCCUGCAGCAGAAAGAUGGGGAGCCUCCGAUGCCUACCACUGGGAUCAUCAUGCCUUCUGGGAACACGCUGCGGGUCAAAAAGAUCUUCCUAAACACCACCCUCACUGACGAGGAAGCAAAAGUCAUCGGCAUGUCAAUGUACUAUCCACAAGUCAGAAAAGCCUUGGAUAACAUCCUGCGUCACCUGGACAAGGAGGUGGGACGUUCAAUGAGCAUGACAAGUGUUCAGAUGUCUAAUAAAGAGCCUGAGGAUAUGAUCACGGGGGAGAGAAAACCAAAGAUAGAUCUGUUCCGGACAUGCGUGGCCGCCAUCCCAAGACUCAUACCAGAUGGCAUGAGUAGACAAGAACUAAUAGAACUCCUAGCCAAGUUGACCAUCCACAUGGACGAGGAGCUGCGUGGCCUUGCCUUUACAACCCUUCAGGCCCUUAUGGUGGAUUUCCCUGAGUGGCGGGAGGACGUCCUCUCUGGGUUUGCGUAUUUCAUAGUCCGAGAGGUAACGGAUGUUCACCCCACACUGUUGGACAACGCCGUCAAGAUGCUUUUGCAGCUCAUCAUCCAGUGGAAGCAGGCAGUGCAGAGCAGCAAUAAGAACCACGAUACACAAGUUAGUCUUGGCUCAACCAGCAGCCGUUCUCUGUCCUUGGAUCGUACCCCACCUUUAGGGGUGCUUCAUGUUGUGGAGGGUUUAGCGCUGGUUGUGCUCUGCAGUUGCCGACCCGCCACACGCAAACUAGCGGUCCAUGUGUUAAAGGAGGUCCGUGCUUUGCACACAGCGCUCGGAAUCGGCAAGGGAGAUGAGGAACUGGCUAUUGAUGUAAUGGACAGAUUAAGCGCAUCUGUGCUGGAGAGCUUCAUUCAUCUUACUGGAGCUGACCAGACCAACUUGCUGUAUUGUCCCAGUGGGAUCGAGCUCCAAACGCUAGCAGAGUGGAGUUCCUCUCCCAUCAGUCACCAGUUUGAUGUGGUGAGCCCCUCGCACAUCUGGGUGUUUGCCCACGUCACGCAGGGCCAAGACCCCUGGGUCAUCAGCUUCUCCAGCUAUCUGCGGCAGGAGAACCUGCCCAAACAUUGCCCCACUGCACUCAACUACGCCUGGAUGUUUGCCUACACUCGCCUUCAGCUGUUGUCUCCACAAGUUGACAUUAAUAGUCCCAUCAAUGCCAAAAAGGUGAACAGUCUCAACAGCAGUGACUCCUACAUUGGCCUUUGGAGAAACUACCUGAUUCUGUGCUGCAGCUCCGCCUCUUCCUCCUCCUCUUCGUGUUCCUCCUCCUCCACCUCUGGCUCCGUCCGCUGCUCCCCGCCCGAGACGCUGGCGUCAACGCCGGACAGCGGCUACAGUUACGAUUCGAAGAUUGUUGGGACUCCGUCCCCCUCCUCCCUGUUUAAACACAUCGUUCCUAUGAUGCGCUCUGAGAGCAUGGACAUCACCGAGUCUUUGGUGUUGGGGCUUGGCAGGACCAACCCUGCUGUCUUCAGAGAAUUGUUAGAGGAGCUAAACCCGAUCAUAAAAGAAGCUCUAGAAAGAAGACCAGAAAACAUGAAGCGACGCAGGCGUCGGGACAUCCUCAGGGUCCAGCUGGUCCGGAUAUUUGAGCUACUCGCUGAUGCUGGUGUCAUCAGCCAUGUAUCAAGUGGAGGUUUGGAUGGAGAGAGCCACUCUCUGAACAGCACGCUGCUGGAGUACGUGGAUCUCACCAGACAGCUGCUGGAGGCAGAAAACGACAAGGACUCGGACACGCUGAAGGACAUUCGCAGUCACUUCAGCGCAUUAGUGGCCAACAUCAUUCAGAAUGUUUCAGUAAACCAGAGGAGGACCAUCUUCCCUCAGCAGUCACUGCGACACAGUCUCUUCAUGCUGUUUAGUCACUGGGCUGGACCCUUCAGCAUCAUGUUCACUCCUUUGGAUCGCUAUAGUGACAGAAAUAUGCAGAUCAACCGCCAUCAGUACUGUGCUCUAAAGGCCAUGUCUGCUGUGUUAUGCUGCGGACCUGUGGCUGAUAAUGUCGGUCUGUCCUCGGAUGGCUACCUCUACAAGUGGCUGGACAACAUUCUGGAUUCACAUGACAAGAAGGUUCACCAGCUGGGUUGUGAGGCUGUAAUGUUGUUGCUGGAGCUGAAUCCAGACCAGAGCAAUCUCAUGUUUUGGGCUGUGGAUCGAUGCUACACCGGCUCACGGCGCGUAGCUGCUGGCUGUUUCAAGGCCAUCGCCAAUGUCUUUCAUAACAGGGAUUAUCAGUUUGAUACUGUGGUGCUGCUGAACCUGAUUCUUUUCAAAGCCGCCGAUUCUUCCAGGGAAAUCUACGAGGUAGCCAUGCAGCUGUUACAGAUCCUGGAGCCAAAGCUUUUCCGUUAUGCACACAAACUGGAGAUCCAGCGAACAGAUGGCAUCCUGACUCCCCCAUCACCACUUCCACACCUGUACUCCGUGUCUUACUACCAGCUUUCUGAGGAGCUAGCGAGAACGUAUCCAGAGCUCACUCUGCCUAUUUUCUCAGAAGUCAGCCAGCGUAUCCAGACCGCUCAUCCUGGUGGCCGUCAAGUCAUGCUGCACUACCUCCUACCUUGGAUGAACAAUGUGGAGCUGGUCGAAUUCAAACCCACCAUAAGGCGACCGGAAGACUGCGGUAGCGGCGAGGACGAGGAGGAUGGCCAAGACCAGGACAUUAUGAUGGUCAACAGCCGGCGCUGGCUCCGUGGAGAGGGCUGGGGCUCUCCUCGUGCAACAACCAUGGUGCUAAACAACCUGAUGUUUAUGACCGCUAAGUAUGGAGAUGAGUUUGCUUGGUCAGAAAUCGAGAACGUUUGGACGACGUUAGCAGACAGUUGGCCAAAGAACCUCAGAAUCAUUCUGCACUUCCUCAUCAGUAUAUCAGGGGUUCGCAGUGACCCCAGCCUCUUGCCCUAUGUGAAACGGGUGGUGGUUUACUUGGGCAGAGAUAAAACUAUGCAGCUGCUGGAGGAGUUGAUGUGGGAACUUCAGCUGACGGAGCCCGUCAGCUCAGCUGUGACCCACAUGGACAACCCCCCUUAUUACCGCAUCACCUCCAGUUACAAGAUCCCCUCAGUUACCUCAGGAACAACCUCCAGCAGCAAUACCAUGGUGCCAGGAAGCGAGGGUCAUCAUGACAGCAAGAGCAAAGACCCAAACAUGGAAGACAGUUACACACACCUGGAGAUUUACUCCGGUCUGAACAGCAACCUGAACCGCCAGCACCACCGCCUGGAAUCUCGGUACAGCAGCAGCUCUGGCGGCUCCUAUGAGGAUGAGAAAAGUGACUCCAUGCCACUUUAUGCAAAUUGGCGCUUGAAAGUGAUGGAUCACAACCAGCCAGAGCCGCUUCCCUUCCCACCAACAGGAGGCUGCUGGGCUCCUUUGGUGGAUUAUUUGCCGGAGACGAACACGGCCACUGUGCCGCUUCACAGAUGUAAUAUUGCCGUAAUCCUGCUGACGGACCUAAUAGUGGACCAUGGGAUCAAAGUAGAGUGGAGUGCAUACCUGCACCUUCUGUUACACGCGGUGUUCAUAGGCUUUGAUCACCAGCACCCAGAGGUCUAUGAGCACUGUAAACGGCUGCUGCUCCACCUGCUUGUUGUCCAGUCUGCAAAUAGCCAGUCUGUGGCCAUGGUGCUUUUACGCAACAGAGACUACAACGAUCCCAGGGUGCUGACGGUGAAACAGGCCGCUCCAGAGUUUAACCUUACAGGAAUGCAGGAGAUUUUACCAGAUUUCCAACCAUCGCCUAUGACAGACUCCGGCCUCAGCACGAGCUCCACGUCCUCCAGCAUAAGUCUCGGCGCAGGAAGUAGCACUUUGUCUCACCUCUCCCCCACGCUUCUCAUUGAGGCAGAUAUUAACGCUGAACAGGAAGACAAGGCUAAAGGUCUCAUUGAGUUUAUUACAUCAAGAAAGCGCGGUCCGUUAUGGAACCACGAAGACGUGUCGCCCAAGAACUCCAACAUUAAGAGCGCCGACCAGCUGAGCGCUUUUGUCAGACACGUCGUCAACGUCUUCAAAAAUUCCCAGACAGGUUUCCAGUUGGACGCCAUGCUGAGCGAAGUAACUCUGAGGACUGCUCUGUCAUGCGCCUCUCGACACUACGCCGGUCGCUCCUUCCAGAUUUUCAGGGCGCUCAAACAGCCGCUGACGCCGGCCACGCUGUCCGACAUUCUGUCUCGACUGGUUGAGACUGUAGGAGACCCAGGAGAGGAGGCACAGGGCUUUGUCAUAGAGCUGCUGCUGACAUUAGAGUCAAGCAUCGACACGUUAGCAGACUCAAUCAAGAGCUACGAUUUCCUUUCCCAAAGCUCGACCCGUGACCUGGGAGCGAAGUUGUCUGCCAACAGGAAAAGCACAGGCCAGCUCAAUCUAAACAGCGGCGGCCUGUUGCAUUACGUCCACGCUCGGAGCAACUCCCUCCGUGCCAGCCUCAUUGGUGAGCGCAAAGCUGACAGACGUCGGAGCAACACUCUGGACAUAGCAGACCGACUCACUGGUAGCCCCUCCAACAUGCUACGGACAAAGAGCUUAACUUCACUGGGCGGGGGAGGAAGCCCAGGGGGGGAGGCUGUCCCACCAGUCGACCCCUCUAAUCUGAUGGCCACCGUCUUCUGGAUCGCCGUCUCUUUACUCGAGUCGGACUACGAGUUUGAGUACCUGCUGGCGCUGCGGCUGCUCAACAAGCUGCUGGGCCAGCUACCCCUGGAACGAGUGGACAGCAGGGAACGUCUGGAGAACAUCCAAGGAAAACUCAAGUGGUACAACUUCCCCGGUUUGCUGCAGCUGUUCCUUAAAGGCUUCACCUCAGCUUCUACGCAAGAACUCACCAUCCAUCUGCUCAGCAAGCUCAUCAGCGUCUCCAGGCACACGCUGGUAGAUCCUUCACAAGUGGCAGGUUUUCCUUUGAACAUCCUGUGCCUGCUGCCACACCUCAUUCAGCACUUUGACAGCCCGACUACUUUCUGCAAGGAGACGGCUGAUAAGAUCGCCAAGGUCUGUGCAGAGGAGAAGUCGGCCACCCUCUCCAACCUGGCCCACAUGAUGAGCCUUUACAGCACGCACAGCUAUUCCCGCGACUGCACCAACUGGAUCAACGUGGUCUGUCGCUACAUCCAUGAUGGCUUCGCAGAAAGAACCCUGAACCUGGUCACCUACUUGGCAGAGCUGUUGGAGAAAGGCCUACCCAGCAUGCAACAGUCCCUGCUGCAGAUAAUCUACAGCCUCCUGAGUCACAUUGACCUAUCAGCAGCCCCUGUCAAACAGUUCAACAUCGACAUCAUGAAGAUUAUUGGCAAAUAUGUUCAGAGUCCACACUGGAAAGAAGCCCAAAACAUCCUGAAGAUGGUCGUGUCUCGAUCAGCCAGUCUGGUUGUACCCGACGACGUGCAGCGUUCCUACAGUUCAGAGUCCUGCGGAUCACCAGAAAUCGCCUUCACACGCAUUUUCAACAACUCUUCCAAAGAGCUGCCUGGGAAGACUCUAGACUUCCAUUUUGACAUCUCAGAGACGCCAAUUAUAGGACAUAAAUAUGGCGAUCAGCGUACUGCAGCAGGACGAAAUGGGAAGGCACAGGUGAUCGCCGUAACGAGGAGCACCUCCUCAACAUCGUCUGGCUCCAACUCUAAUGGUCUGGUCCAAGUUAGCUGGAAGAGGCCUCAACUGUCUCAGAGAAGAACCAGAGAGAGGCUGAUGAAUGUCCUGUCUCUAUGUGGUCCAGAAUCUGGCAUUCCCAAAAAUCCAUCCGUGGUUUUCUCUUCCAAUGAGGAUCUGGACUCGGUGGACCAGCAAACCAGUCUCAUUCCGACGGUGGAGGAGGUGGUCAGAGAGGAGGAUGUUCAGGGAGAGGACACGGGCAGCGAGCAGCAGUUUGGUGUCUUUAAAGACUUUGACUUCCUGGAUGUGGAGUUGGAGGAUGCAGAGGGGGAGAGCAUGGACAACUUCAACUGGGGGGUGCGGCGCCGCUCCCUGGAGAGCAUGGACAAAGGGGACACGCCGUCUUUACAGGAGUGCCAGUACACUGGCAGCACGCCAAGUCUCAACCUCACCAACCACGAGGACACGGAUGAAUCAUCUGAGGAGGAGGUACUGAGCGCUAGCCAGAUUCUCACCCGCUCCAGCCUUCUGAACAGCGACUCUGCUACCGAUGACACUGCAUCCAACCACGUGGAUUCCCUGCAGCAGUCUCAGGAAUCGUCCAGCAGCGCCAUGACAGAAGAGGCCACUGUACUGCCCAACCUGCCCUCCCUCCCCUCUCUCCCCCGACUGGAUAGCCCCAGUUUGGAGAUGACCCACUCAGACAGCACCAGCAGCCAGCUGCCUGAGGACGCUGUUAGCAUGACAGCAGCCGAUGAGCUGAGUAGCAGCGUGAGCGAGGACACCGGGUUUUGCAGCGUCCCCCCUCUGCCAUCUGAUGCGCCCGAGCUGUGUGACCUCCCUGACCCGCAGGACCCCCACUACUCUCAGGACACCCAGGGGAACCUGGACCCUCACCAGGAGCUGGAUCCAGCCCCCCCUCCUCCGCCGGCCAUUGACACACCGCCGGGGUCCUUCUGUGAGGAGGAUUCGCAGACCGUACUGCCUCUGUGCAUCCCCACGCCGCUCGAUCCUAAGGCUGAUCCAGAUCCAGACAGCACCUGUGGCUCGCUGUGGGAAGAGGAUGUGACGAAGGCCCUAAAGGAGCUGGAUGAGCGCUGUGAGGAAGAGGAGGCAGACUUUUCUGGCAUGUCUAGUCAAGAUGAAGGUGACGCAGAUGGCUUCUCAGAGAUCCAGGCCUCUCCGCCCCCUUCGCCCUUCCUCUCAGCCAUCCUGGCAGCGUUCCAGCCCGUUGCCUACGACAAUGAGGAAGACGCCUGGCGUUGCCAUGUCAACCAGAUGUUGUCAGACACGGACGGGUCCUCUGCUGUUUACACUUUCCAUGUGUUCUCCCGACUUUUUGAGAACAUCCAGAGGAAGUUUGGUUCUAUCACACAUUCAUCCGUCCGCUUUUUGGGGGAAAGGCUCCAGCGAAUGGGCAAUCAGUUCCUCAGCUCGCUUGAGGUCAUGACGUCUCAUUCACAGUGCCCCACUGUUCUCCUGGAUGCUGAAACUCUGGUCUCUUGUGGACUUUUGGAGACCUUGAAGUUCAGUGUGCUGGAGCUGCAGGAGCAUCUGGACACCUACAAUGCCAAGAGAGAAGCAGCAGAGCUCUGGCUGGAAAACUGCAAGAAAACAUUUGGGGACAAAGACAGCAGCCAGCGACCGAACACUCAUGCACAGGAGCUGGAAUUGUGUCGCAGACUCUACAAGUUGCAUUUCCAGCUGCUUCUGCUGUUCCAGGCCUACUGUAAGCUAAUCAGCAGGGUGGACACCAUGAAAAGAGAGGCAGAGGUGACCAACAUGUCUGAGGAGCUCACUAUUCUUGAGAGCUGUCUGAUCGAGGCAGAAACAGGAAAUGACAACCAGGAGGAUGUGUGCAUGUCAGACAACGCCCAGACCAAUACUGAGACGGCAAUCCAGUCACUGAUUGAAACACUGAGAGCCAGAGACUUCAGCUCUGCCCUGACACAGAUCAAAAUCUUUAGGUCUCUGUGGCCUAAUGACAUCUUCGGCAAUGAGAAGGAUAACGCAGUUCAGACCCUUCUACACAUCUACUUCCGUCACCAAACACUGGGCCAGACGGGCUGCUUGGCAGUGGUGGGACCCAGCAGGGACCUGUCUCAGGCGAGCACCCGCCUCAUGGAGCUCAACCUGCAGAUCCGUGAGGCUCUGAGUCAGGCCCAGGCGGGCCAGCUUCACACGACCACAUUCAGCACCGGACUGUAAGCCGGACCGGAUGGAAAUCAGCCCCCCUGUUUUACACGCCUCCUGUCCACUGUAAAGAAUGGCGGGGCAGAGGACAAGAGACUCCACAUACAAAGGGCUAAAGGAUGCGUGGGAAUAACAGACUCUUCAUGCAUUAAUAUUACCUGUAUGAAUGCUUCAAGCUUAUAGCUUUUUCCAGACUAAGCCAACUUGCAAACUUCAGUUGCAAUAAGUUAUGUGGUGGUGUGUCUGAAGUUUGGAAGGACAAUUUUAUUUUGACCUUUUGCUUAAUCUGACCAGGCCUCGGCACUGAGCGGCGGCCUCCUCAGGUUCUAAUCUGGGAGUCAGUGUUGAAGCGUGUACAGUCCAUGUAAGGAUGCACCACCAAGACUCAAGCAUCUUGUUUAUAAAGAGAGUUUUCAAACGCAUGCUUGGAAGAGAGAAGCACUGCAAGAAUAUUUUUUUGAGAAAUGUAUUUUUUAUUAGAGCUAACAUCCUAGGUUGUAAAUGUUAGAAUAUUUAACAUGUGAUCCUGUGGGGGGAAAACCCCUGCCUUUCAGGGAGUGUAUAAAGAGAAAUGUUUGCUCAGAGAUGAGUUCCCUUCAGCAGGUCUUCAUGCAAAACUCACUCUUUAACCAAAUAAGUAGAUGCCUUUAGACUCUCGACUGUGUGGUUAUAUAUUGGGAGAUGCUCAUACACAAAUGCAUUUAAGUGCAGACUCGCUACAGCUUAUAUUGAAAGCAUAACUUAUUGUACUAUGUAUACAUUUUAAAAACUGUAUAGUGUAAAACCAGUAUUUUCCUCCCCUUGUAAUUUUGUGUAAUGCACUGUUCAUCCAAAAAUGGAUGCAUGUAUAAAGCUAAACAAAAGCCAGGAGCAGGUUUGAGUCUCUCCAGCUGAUAACAGGUUUUCCUUUGGGUUUCAUUUCUGGCUGGAACCAUCGAAUAGCCGAGCGGCAUCAAUAUGCAUUCCUUUAGAGACUGAAGAUCAUGGGACCGUUUUGAAUGCUUUCAGUUGAACUCAUUCCUCAUCUGGUACAUCUGAGUUUUAUUCUGUUUAAAUGUAGCUUUCAUUUUCCUCCACCUACCAGCCUUCUCUGGAUAAAAUAAAGACUCAUUCCUUUAGGAGACAUCCAGUCAUUUAGUCAACUUCAUGCUGCACAUAACAUGCAAACUUGAUGCAAAAACACUUUAAAUCCUGAAUGCAAGAUAGUCAUUUAUUAUGUUGCAAGACACAAUGUGCUUACAGAUUCAACAAAACAGACAUGG